AAAUCUAAAUCUCUUGUUCGGCUAAGACAUUGAGAGCGACAGCCAUUGGAGCAAGAGGAGGAACACGGGGAGAGAGAGAGCCAUGGAAAUGCAAGAUCCUGCAAAUCCCAACUCCUCCCUGAAUGCUCAAAAGUCCAAAGCGUCAACCAAUCUGGGAAACCCUAGAAGCAGCAGCAGCAGCGGGAGCAGCCAUCCCUUCAGGGGUUCUCACCAUCGGCGAGCCCACUCUGAGGUAAAUUUCCGAAUCCCAGAUGACAUGGAUCUCAUCAACGAAACAUUUGACGCCUCCACGGGGAGUUUCGAAGAUGUUGGAUCUGAGGACGAUCUAUUCUGCACUUAUAUGGACAUUGAGAAGCUUGGAUCCAGAUUUAAUGAUUGCCCAAAUGAAGGAAACAAGGCUGGAGAUUCUCGAAUCAACGAUGACAAUGUCGCUUCCCUUGCAGGGAAUUAUGUGGGUCAGAGUAAUGAAGGAGGAGGAACGGGGGCAGAUGGAGCAGGUGGGGCAGAUGGAGCAGGUGGCAGUGGUGAUGGAGGUUCACAGAAUGAGAACAAUGAUGGGGAGAAGAAUGGGAGGCCAAGGCAUCGACAUAGCAAUUCGGUUGAUGGGGCUUCGAUCUCGAGAGAGCAGUCUCUGUUUGGAGAAACAAUGGAGGCCAAGAAGGCAAUGGCUCCUGAUAAGCUUGCUGAGCUUUGGGCUCUAGAUCCCAAGCGAGCCAAAAGGAUUCUAGCAAAUCGACAAUCUGCUGCUCGCUCAAAAGAAAGGAAGGCCCGUUACAUCUCAGAGCUUGAGCGAAAAGUUCAGACACUGCAAACUGAAGCAACUACUCUUUCUGCACAACUCACACUAUUCCAGAGAGAUACAACGGGUCUGAGUGCUGAGAAUACAGAGCUUAAGAUUCGGUUGCAAGCUAUGGAACAACAAGCUCAGUUACGUGAUGCAUUGAAUGAAGCACUGAAGCAGGAGGUUGAGAGGCUCAAGAUUGCUACUGGGGAAAUAUCAAACCCUGGUGAGACAUUUAGCUUGGGAAUGCACCACAUGCAGUAUACCUCCCCACCUUUCUUCUCGCUUCCACAACAACCGGGUGCUGGAGGCCAUCAAAACAUUCUGUUACAACAGUUCCAUCCUUCCCAGUCUAAUAUGGGAAGCCAUCCCCUGCUUGCGGCCCAAUCUCAUCUCCUCUCAGACAUGCUGCAGCAGGACCAGCUUGGCAGAUUACAGGGCCUUGAUAUCAGUAGCAGGGGCUCACAUCUUGUGAAAUCUGAAGGCCCUUCAAUAUCUGCCACUGAAAGCAGCAGUACUUAUUGACCUGAACUUGGUAUCAGUAUCGACUCGCUGACAUACCGUUGGAUCCACCUCAUUUGUUAGACUGUCCAUAGUUUGGCAUCCAGUCAAUUACCCAAUCUUCUUUCUCAUUCUUUGUUUCAAUACUAUUUAUUUAAUAUUUUUUAUUCCAUUAUUGUCUUUGUUAAUACU